CGAAAUCGUUUAGUAACAUUCCUAUAAUCAUGCAUAAACAUAGUGCCUAUCUAUCGAUGUAAUAAAACACUAUACCACUAAUACCUAUAUAUAUGUGUGUGUGUGUGUGCGUGUGUGUAUGUAUGUGUGUGUGUGUGUGUGUGUGUGUGUGUAAUAAAUUGUACUGAAAUCGUUUUUUUUCAUUUCUUAAACAUUACCUAACAGUAGUUGAACAAACGUUUCAACUUCCGAUCAAACUAUUUCAUUAUUUAAGUACCCAAAAUUAUUUUAUAUUUUUAUUUAAAAGUAUUGACGAGAUUACGAGACUGGCCGAGAACUCAAUAGUGAAGACAUGAAAAUCCAUUAUUUGACUUAAUUUUUAUUAUAAGACUUAUAUAGUUUUUAAUAAAACUAUACUUACAUCAGCAGAUCAGCUGUUCACGUGAUAUUUUAGUGAAUACUUAAUUGAUCAAAUCAAUUACAAAUAUGACUAAUGUGAAUUUGAAUAAUUUCAUUAAUGAAACGCAGCAUCAAUUUUUAAACUUAUUAAAUCAAGAAUUGAAAUUCGAUAAAAAUGUCGAUUCGUGGAUGCUUAUGAGUACACCAUGGCCAGUUAUAUCAAUUCUGAUAGCUUAUAUGUUAUUUGUGCUAAAAUUAGGCCCAAAGAUGAUGGAAAACCGGGAACCAUUUAAAAUAAAACAUAUUAUGAUGGGUUAUAACAUGGUACAAACCAUUUAUAACAUAUUCAUUAUAUCAGAGGUAUUUUUCACACCCGGGAUUUACAGAUAUUUAAUGAUCAAUAUAUGUAAUCCAGAUGAAAGUGAAAGUAACCAUCGUAUCAUAAAUGUGUUCUAUGUACAGUCGUGGCAUUUUUUUAUAUCAAAAAUAUUUGAUCUUCUGGAUACUGUAUUCUUUGUGUUAAGGAAAAAACAAUCUCAUGUUUCAUUCUUACACGUUUAUCAUCAUGCAAAUAUGGUCGUCACUACUUGGACAUUUUUGAGAUUUAUUAAAGGUCAACAAGGAGCUAUUUGUGGUAUUCUUAACGCGAUGAUACAUACAAUAAUGUAUAGCUACUAUUUCCUAUCGGCUCUUGGUCCUCAAAUGCAAAAAUAUUUGUGGUGGAAGAAAUACUUGACCCGUUUACAAAUUAUACAAUUCAUAUUAGGCCUUAUCUACGGUAUAAGCCUAUUUAUUUACGAUUGUAAAUUUCCGAGAUUAUUCACCAUUUACAUGAUAUUCGACGUACUUUUAUUUUUGUACUUGUUUUUAAUAUUUUACAAAAAAACGUACAAAGACAAAAAUACCUAAGUCUCAAUAAACUCGAAGACACCAUAAAACACGAGUAUUAAGUUGUGUCUAUACAUCUAUAAUAUAUAUAUAUAUAUUUACGUGGA